ACAAAAAUCCCAGAGGCAGAAGCAGAAGCAGCGCCUUCUCCGGCAGCAAUGGAAGCUCUGUGUCCCUCAGCCGCCACCGCCACCACCACCACCACCACUUACAAAUUCCCAAUCAAUUCCAGGAAAGCGUCAAUUCAAUUUUCCGUUCCUAUCGGUUUUCCCAUUUCACAAAAGAACCCCUCCGUUAUAACCGUAUCUUCUUUAAUUUCUCCCAUUUCUCCAUUAACAAAAGCCAGUGCUACAUCAGCUUCAACUUCAACCUCAAAUUCUUCACCUUUCACAUCUUCUGGAGUAUCUGAGCGAAACCACUGGAAGGUACUCAUGGAUAAGCCUCCAGAAGGGGUUGUUUCGAAACCAGAAAUCAUUAACUACUAUGCCAGGACUCUGGAGAAAGUUUUGGGCAGUGAGAAGGAUGCUCAGAUGUGUAUAUACAAUGCUUCUUGUGAUACCCAUUUCGGUUUUUGCUGUAGUGUUGAUGAAGCAGCUUCUCAUGAGCUUGCCCGUUUACCUGGGGUUUUAUCAGUUAGGGAAGAUCCGGAUUACAACUCUAACAAAAAGGAUUACAGUUUUGUAAGCACUGAGUCAAGAAAAGUAUCAGACCCUUAUAUUUAUAAAGGAGGUUUGCCGUUGUUUCCUUCUGGAAAUACCAAACAUUGGCUGGUUCUGAUGGACAAACCGGGGGUUGGUGUUGUUACCAAGGCACAAAUGGUUGAUUAUUAUGCUCAAAUACUGACCAAGGUUCUGGGGAAUGAGAAGGAUGCUCAAAUGUGCAUAUAUCAUGUGUCAUGGCAAUCCAACUUUGGGUUCUGUUGUGAACUUGAUGAUGAAUGUGCAAAAGAAUUAGCUGGUGUGCCUGGUGUUUUAUCUGUUGAGCCAGAUAGGAAUUUUGCUUCAAAAAAUAAGGAUUAUACAGGUAAUAAAUUACAGGGUUCUACUAAUCAGCCAGUGUCUUCAAAAGCUAUUGACAUGACGCCCAUAAGAACAAAGAAACUUUUUGUAACUGGCCUAUCAUUUUACACAUCUGAGAAAACACUACGGGCAGCGUUCGAAGGUUUUGGUGAGCUCGUUGAAGUUAAAAUCAUAAUGGACAAGAUUUCUAAAAGGUCAAAAGGUUAUGCAUUUGUGGAAUACACCACGGAGGAGGCUGCUAGUGCAGCACUUGAGGAGAUGAACGGGAAGAUCAUUAAUGGAUGGAUGAUAACUGUUGAUGUUGCCAAGAGUAAAUCAUACAAAUUCAGGAGCGAUCAGCCCAGAACAUCAGUCUAAAAAGGAGGUCCAACAAAUGCAAGAGAAAAAAAGAAGGGAAAGUCAUCUACAUAUGCCCCUUUUGCUGAGCAGAGAAGGAAUACUACGACCAAAUUUGUGCCAUAAAUUACUGUAUAAAGCACCAUUACUCGUCAUUCAAGUUCUGCAGCCUUGUAAUAUCGAUUCAUAGUACCUAUAACCAGUUUAUUUUCUCACCGUAGCUAGCAAAACCAAAUUCUCAAGUCCUGCUUACUUUCUCUGUCAUUCUCAAGAUGCAAAUCAUCUAUGUUCCUGCAUAAUCUAGUUGUUCCUGCG